UUGUGUCCCAUACAUGGAGACAAGAAAGGCAGCGGUGAACACAAGGUCUGCUCUCUGCUCUCUGCUCUCUGCUCUCUGCUCUCUGCUCUCUGCUCUCUGCUCUCUGCUCUCUGCUCUCUGCUCUCUGCUCUCUGCUCUCUGCCCAACAGGAUUAUCUAACUGCUGCGUUCAGAUAGAAAGAGAAUCUGCAGGCAUGAAUAGGGUAAGAAGAGUGUUGUAGCCUGUUAGUACUGGCAGCCCCUAACAGUGAUGGACAACAGGCAGACAGAUGCUAACCUGGACCUGGCUGGUUACUGCUCUCCUCUGACAGAACUACUCUCCUCCUAACUGAGACCAGCUCCACAGAAUGCUGAGCCCCGUUGCCCCCUAUAGCCUGUAUAAGAUGCACUGGAACCCGGAGCAUGCCCAGUCCCUCAGUCAGUCCCUCAGCCAGUGGCCUGAGCAGCACCUGGAUGUGUCUUCCACCACCUCCUCACCGGCCCACAAGUCUGAGCUUUACGCCGCUGGCCACGCCCACGGCCGAGGUGGCUACGCCUGGGCCAAUGAUGACAUCUCAGCCCUCACCGCCUCCAACCUGCUGAAGAGCUAUGCAGAGAAGUACUGUGAUGUUCUAGACUCGCCAUACGACCGUCCACCGGGGCCCGCUGUAGGGGCCUACCCAGAGCCAGGGGCUUUCGGGGGCCUUAUUGGCCUCAAGACUGAGCUGGAACCCUGGCCCCUGAGCCACAGUGCAGAGGGGCUCUACCCCGGGUCCCUGGAUGGUCUGUCGGGCCCGAAGGCCGUGGCCACAUCAGCAGGGCCCCCAGGGGCCAGCAAUAUGUCGGGGGUCAACAGUAACCUCUCAGAGUCUUGUUAUAGUGGUAGCAGCUCCUCCUCUGGCUCUCACUCAGGUGACUACAGCCGCCCCAGCUACAACGGUACCUACGUCUCGCCUGGCUACUGCCCCCAGCCCCCUUCAGCACUCCCCCCUGCCUCCCUCCAACACCCCCUCCAGCCAACACCCACCCUGUUGCCCAGCUACUCCCUCUCCACCUCGGUCUACAACUACCACCCCAGCAGCUACCCCCACCAGCCCGGCCUGGGCCCCACCUACAGCCACCCCUCUGCAGGGUACUUACCCCCGGGGCUGGCCGCCCCCACUCCCCUCCCGUCUCGGCCCACCGUGGUCGGGGGUAGCUACGGCUACCAGGAAUCUGGAGGUGGGUUGAAGAGGAAGGCGUUUGAAAUGUCAUUAGACGAGGAGGAGGAUGGCUCUAGAUACAGUAAGUAUACAGGCUACGACCCAGUGAAUCCUGGAGGAGGGGACUCUCUCGCUCCCUACAGAGUGGGAGAUAAAGAAAACAGUGGCUUCACCACGGGCAGCACAGAUCCCCAGGCCUUCAAGCCCAGUAAGCCCUCCUCCCAGCCCCUCGUGUCUCCUCCGUACAGGGUGGCUUUAGCAGGGGACUACAGCCCACCAGCAGGGAUGACUGGGGAGAAUGUAGGAGGAGGAGGAGGGUCAGAGAACCAGGGCUUCACCCAGCAGCAGCACCACUCCUCCCUGGUCCACAACAAUAAACUCCCCUCCCUGCAUGGCCAGGGCCAGCCUGGGUCUGGACCAGGGGAGUCGGGCAGCCUGAAGAGCCCAGACCCCAGGCUUCUGGAUCUAGUCAACGGGGAGUUGCUGGACUGUAGCCCGGCCCUUCUAUGGGGGGAGCUGGCUGGGCUGACCCACGUCAAGGCUGCCCUGGAGGAGGAGCUGCUAUGGCCCUGUCUUAGGCCCAGCCCCACUGUCCGCCCCCCAGCCACCGUUCUGUUAUUCGGCCCCCGAGGAGGCGGGAAGACCACCCUAGCACGCUCCAUGGCCUCCCAGCUUGGGGCCUCCUUCUAUAGGCUCAGCGGGGCCAUGUUAGCCUCUAAAGGCAAGGCUGAGGCUGAGGGGAUCCUGGGGGCCACACUGCAGGUGGCGGGAUUGAGGCAGCCCUCCGUGGUGCUGCUCAGUGAGGUGGAGGCUAUGGAGAAGGAGGAGGGGUUGAGGCAGGUGUUGCUAUCUGCCCUGGAGAAGGCCCAGAUGGUGUUAGGAUCGGCGGGAGAAGCCCCUGGACUGGUGAUCAUGGUGUGUGCCACCGGUAGGCCAGAUCUGCUCCAGGAUGCUGUGCAUCGGAGCUUCGCCAAGCGCUACCACGUGGGCCUGCCAGAUGCUUUUUACAGAAAGCCGAGUUGAGCGCAACGUGCAUCUCAAGUUAGUUAGGAUUCCAUCCAAAGAUCUUGGUUAUUCGUGAUCCAAGACAUAAAUCAGCAAUGUGUUGUCAAGGUGACAUGGUCCAAGGAAAUGGAUAAUCAGGGUCCUGUUCAUGAGGCACCAAACAAAAUAAAACAUACAGAAACAGGGAAGGAACAAGCUGGAUUUGUCCAUUAAGAAAAAUGUAUUUUCGAUUUCCGUUGCAAAACAGACUAAAUAGGGCCAGGACUUCCUAGACUCGUCCAACAUAGAACACACAUUUUUCUUUUCCAUUGCAAAACUUUUUUAAACGUUUGCCCUAAUGAACAGGACCCAGGGUUGAUUUGGGAGAACCCCUGUUGACUGACGGCUACUCUCAGGACUUUAUUCAUUACAGUCCUCCCCUGUGGUGUUUUAGAUUUCAUUACCUUAUUCAUUACCAGUCCUCUCCUAUGGUGUUUUAGAUUUCAUUACCUUAUUCAUUACCAGUCCUCUCCUGUGGUGUUUUAGAUUUCAUUACCUUAUUCAUUUACAGUCCUCCCCUGUGGUGUUUUAGAUGUCAUUACCUUAUUCAUUACAGUCCUCCCCUGUGGUGUUUUAGAUUUCAUUACCUUAUUCAUUACUAGUCCUCUCCUGUGGUGUUUUAGAUGUCAUUACCUUAUUCAUUACAGUCCUCCCCUGUGGUGUUUUAGAUUUCAUUACCUUAUUCAUUACUAGUCCUCUCCUGUGGUGUUUUAGAUGUCAUUACCUUAUUCAUUACAGUCCUCCCCUGUGGUGUUUUAGAUGUAAUUAUCUUAUUCAUUACCAGUGGUGUUUUAGAUGUCAUUACCUUAUUUUAUCACUUUAUUUAGCAUCAUUAUUGCUCAUUUGGGUGUGAAAAGAGCUUAGGAUCUAUUUGAAUAACUUUUCUUUUUUUUAAACCCAAAAAUAUCAAUAGUAGCUCAUCGUCUCUUAUCAUUAUGUGUAUAUUGACUUAAAAUAUAGCUUCUCACCAAAAUCAUGACAUCAUGACCAUCACAAAAAUCAAACUUUAAAAAAACGUUGAAAUGGAACGCAUUGGUCAUGAUACUGGGCUGUAUUUGAUUAUAGACUGGGUGGUUCGAGCCUUGAAUAUUGAUUGGCUGAAAGCCGUGAGACUGUAUGCCACGGGUAUGACAAACAUUUAAUUUGACUGUUCUAAUUAUGUUUGUAAUUAGUUUAUAAUAGCAAUAAGGCACUUUGGGGGUUUGUGGUAUGCUAUAUGGCCAAUAUACCACAGCGUUGCGUUGUUCCUAAGAACAGCCCUUAGCCGUGGUAUAUUUGCCAAAUACCACACCUCCUCGGGCCUUAUUGCUUAAAUAUACAACGCUAUAAUUCAAAGACAUAAGCAUAAUGUCCAGACAUGUAUUUGAAUGUUGAUUUAUCACACAUUCCUCGUUCACCAGUUCCUGAGAAUGUUGCUUUAAUACAAAAUAUAACACACACAGACACAGUAAGGCAAGAUGGCGGAAGCCUUGGAUGUUGCUUUAAUACAAAAUAUAACACACACAGGCACAGUAAGGCAAGAUGGCGGAAGCCUUGUUUGAAAUGCUCAGGAAAAAUGAAUUUACCUCAGAAAUUUGAAAUAAAGAAUGUAUGUAAUCUUCAGGUCUUGGUGGAGAGAGUAGAGGAGGAGAGAAAGAGGAGGAGAGAAAGAGGAGGAGAGAAAGAAGAGGAGGAAAAAGAGAAGAGCCCUAACAGAGUCCUGUUGCAUACACACUGCAGCUGUCUGUGCAUAUACCUUUGGGGAGAAACUUGAAAAUGCUACAAAGAGUAACAUUGAAUGUAAUUCAGGUAUUUCACAGGAUAUUUGACGCCAU